GCCGCAUUCUAUCCAUCACUUUCGUGCGCGCGUCUCUUUUUUUAUUUUUAUUCUUCGUUCCCCCGCUGCAUAUCCGUUCAAAUCGUUUCUGACAUUCGUAGCUAUCUUACCUCACCUUACCUCACCUUCUCACCUCAAAUCCUACCUGUACGGGGUUCCACCAAACGACAUCCCAAACCGGCCAAGGCUGAACACUGUCCACUGUUCACCUGCCGCCGCCGCUCUUCGGGUUAAGAAUUGAAAACUUUUUGCCCGCUGAUUCAUUCCUUUCCCCCCUCACCACGUCUCUAGACAGAAACACUAACGGUAUGUUUACGCAUCCAUCUCACCUUUGCAAUCCCUCCACAUCCCCCCUCGUGUGCUGGACCGAGCGCAUACCAGACAGCGUCUUGCUGGUCUCCCGUCGCCGGCUUCAUCCUUGAUCAUUGCCCCUCCUACCCCGUUGAUUGCCCUGCUGCCUCGCCUUUCCCCCUCCAGUCGUCCAUACAGCUCAAUCCACUUUCGUCAGCGCCUUCUCCUCAAUCGGCCCAGCCCAUCCCUUCGCCAAUCUGUGGUCACUGGUCACUACUGCGCACACUAAUUGUGUACGGAGUACAGAGUCCCGUGUGGUCUAUCCAUAUCCUAUCGUCGGAUACUGGAAUUUCCUUACUGCAAGUCGAGGCAUCAUUGGAACAGGGAAAAGGGGCGAGAGAAAGGCAUCUCCAUAUCUCAAUACUGGGAUAGCUCGUGAUACUGACUUGGAGCUAACUUGGAGGUCUGCCCAGUCGCUGUCAUUUGAUUCGCUUGAAUCAGCAUUCUCCAACUCCGACCGACGUCUCACGACGAACCGAGCCGACCAGAGCUUGCCCUUGUCCGCAUCUCGGAGGGACGACAACGCUACCGGCAUACCGUGACAAUCGCCAAUCCAUUAUCCACGCCAUAUCCCGACCCUCGUCUUGCGCAUUGCGGAUUGCGACUUGCCUCAAUAUUCCCAUAUCCUUACCUGAGCCUACCUUACCACGCGCAAGGAACCAGCCGCGACUAAACGAUUCAUCGAGGUCGGACCACUACUGUACUGCGUACGCUACGGUAUUGCGAUAGCGCACGAAUACACUACUGCGUGAUCUAUCAACCUCGCACCACACACCAACAAAGGUACGUUCUCCGACGCGACGCCAGCACCAAUAAUCCAGGUACCCUACCCUGCCCUGCCUUGCCUUGCCUUACCUCACCUCACCUUACUGCAUGCGUACGCUACCUUAGGUACUACGCUCCCUCGAGAGUACGUACCGUAUCGCACCGCAUAGCACCGCAACCCUCGCCUGCUUCUGUCUGCUGCUUUGCGCCGCUGGUGCUGUUGCCGCUGCCGCUGCCGCCGUCGACGCUGUUACCAACAAACCCCAACCAGCCGGUGGAAUUGGAACUGCUUGCUGUGGCUCGCUCGCUCGCUCGUCUCCAACCCGUCCCUACACCCCUGUCCCCUUGUCGACCCCCUCCCACUCCCACUCCCACUCUCGCUGCCACUCAGUCCCCUUCCCCGUCCCAUCCCGGCCAACCCAAGUUACGGCGGAUACAGAGCUGGGUGGCUCGGGUUGGCGCGUGGAGGUAACGAGGGUUGACAGCCUCUCAGGAGAAGGGCGGGCUAGCCAACAGUCGGCUGUGCGCCUCCGCUCCGCUUCGCCUUUAUCCCGGUAUCAUCCUUCUCCCUAACCCAAGCAUCUAACACAAGCCCAGGUCCCAAGCUAGACCCGCCAGUCCAGUCAGUGUCUGUCAUUUCUCCACACCUUUUGCCCAUCCAAGAAGACGAAGAAGACAACAAGACGAGACGAGACGAGACGAAGGAAAGAAAGAGAAAAGCAAACCAAACAAGCCCGAGGGUCAAACAGGAGGUCAUACGGCCUGUGUGCGCGCAAUCGUCCUGUAUUCAUACAUACACAUACCUGAGUUGCCCAUCUGGCUCCUAUUGCACCCAACCCGCCCGCACCGAUUCGCAUCCGCAACGCGCGACCGUGUGCCAACCUGUCAGUUGCCAGUUGCCGGCUCAGCCCAGCCUACCUUAGCCCCGGCCAAGCCAAGGCAGAGAGACAGACGAAGAGAAGAGGGUGAGCGAGAGAAAGAGAGAGAGAGAAAAAAGAGAGCAGGGACAGACGGCACCCACCGCGAGCGACCCCUCCCCAGUCACAGUGCUGCGUUGGUGCUUGUUGCUGCCGCCGCUACUGAUACUACCGCUGUCGCUGCUGCUACGUAUUAACUGGCUUGUCGGGUCCAGUCCGGUCGAUCCAAUCCACCAGUCUGCUGAGGAGAGAGUCCACUGUCCACGUCCAGGGCUCGGGCUCCAAAAUCCAACAAGAUUUGGGCUCCUACCUUGCUCCCCAACUUCCUGCGGCCACCACCAGUCCACCACAACCACCAUCAUUCGGCCUCCACUAACCUACCACUUGCUGCCACCAACCUUGCCUACCUUACCUAUCCGUACUUACCUACCUGUCUUACCCUUUUUUUUCUUACCUUGCCUAUUCUAUCAUCGGCUCUCGACUGGCGUUCAUCGUCUUUUCCUCCACCACCACCACCUUCACAACCACCGACGAACCACCACCACCACCACCAUCCACCUCGCGUUCCGCCCCCCGCGAAUCGCCCCUCUAUCUCUGCUUCGCUUUGACUUUCGCUACUCAUCAUCAAUCGAGCGGCUUAAUUCAACGACAAAGAUUCGACGUCUUCACAUCGUUCUUCGCCUCAGAUAGCUGCCCAUCAUGGCAGGAAAAAUGGUGCUGUACAAGUUGGUGGUCCUGGGCGACGGCGGCGUGGGGAAGACCGCUUUGACAAUUCAGCUCUGCCUGCAACACUUCGUGGAAACAUACGACCCCACGAUCGAAGAUUCGUACCGCAAGCAAGUUGUCAUUGAUGGGCAAGCAUGCAUGUUGGAAGUUCUCGAUACUGCCGGCCAAGAAGAGUACACGGCCCUUCGAGAUCAAUGGAUUCGAGAUGGAGAAGGAUUCGUUCUCGUCUACAGCAUCUCAUCACGAUCUUCGUUUUCACGGAUCAAGCGGUUUCAUCAUCAGAUCCAGCGAGUCAAGGAGUCAUGUGCAUCCUCACCGUCAUACCCGGGCUCGCCAAUCUCUGCAGCCAGCCCACAAGCGCCUGUGCCAAUCAUGCUGGUCGGCAAUAAGAGCGACAGAGUCACCGAGAGAGAAGUUUCGACACAAGAAGGACAUGCCCUGGCCCGCGAGCUGGGCUGCGAAUUCGUCGAGGCCUCAGCCAAGAACUGCAUAAACGUCGAGAAGGCCUUCUAUGACGUUGUCAGAAUAUUGAGGAGGCAGCGACAGGCCGCCUCGAGGCCGCAGCCCGGCGGACGAAGCAGCACUCGGCCUAUCAAUGGCGAUGCCGGAGCGAGAUACGACGACAAGGAAGGUGGCGACCGCUAUCGUCGCAAAGUGGGCAGAAGGGAAGGGAAGAGUAAAUGUGUCGUCUUGUGAGCUCGUCCGCAACCUCGACUUUUUAUUCCCCCUCCCCCUUUUUAUCGACGGACUUGUUCGGAUCCACGGCAACACCCCCGAUCCAUUCGAUUCGCAAAUCCGACGGGCCCACUGCCGCGAGGCAAAAGCAUUUUCCACGUCACGACUUGAUGAUUGCCAGCAUUAGAGAAGCGCUGGCAAAGGCUUUCACAGCCACGACUAUUGGACGUACGAGAUCUCGAGUUCUGCUUUGAAGACGAUUCGGACAUUUUCCCCCAUGUCACGGAUGAACAACCAGCUCCUCAUUGGGCGAACGGCGCACGAAAAGAGAGAGGCAUAUUCUGGGGCGUAGGUUUCUUGAGAUUCAAUCAAACCUUUGGGCAGACUGGGAGUUCAUAUUUUUUUGUUCAUUCCAAACAACACAUGAGGGCAAGCUGGCGGUGUUAUAGGAGUCUUUCUUACAGACCUUUUUUUGACGUCUAGUCGGUCGCAAAAGAAAAUGAUGCCAUGUAUCUGCACACUUCCACUCCCGGAUUGUUCAUAUGUUUAUGAUUUGGAUUCCUCACAUGGACCAUUCAUAUCCGCGCACGCGAGCUGAGAAGGAGGUCUGCUUGGAGAAGGAGAGGCUGAAGGGCUGUGGCAGAUGGGAGGAAGCUCUAAUCUGUGUAUACCGAAACAACACUUGUUUUCCUAGCUGCAGCUCACGGCUGGAAGUAGUCACUUUGGGGAGAUAGCCACAAGAAGAUAUCAACUCUUCAUCGGACGUAGAUAGACAUCCGGGAUAGGCCUACUUGUUGCUCACUGAAUCUACAUUAUCCGCCCA